AUGUCCACUACGGAAAGCCCCGACGCUCGUGAUCGAGUCAACCCGACGCUCGUGAUCAAGUCAUACGACAGCUAUGAGGCGGGCGUACAAAUUGCGCUUCACAAGGACACCGAGCUCAUGAAGAAGGUGGCGACAAUGGAAGAAUUCCUCAAGUGCAUCAGCGCUCAUCAGUACAAGGAGGCGCUCAAACUCGUCAACACGAUGCUCAAAUCCGCGGUCGCGGCGUCGCACGGCUUUGCGUGCAACACCGACAUCGUCCGCACUCUCGGUGACUACCAAACGCUUGUCGUCGACACGGACAUUGCCGCCGACGCGUUUCUGCGCGGGUGUAUGCAAGUGCUCAAGUCGUACAAGCUUGCAUUUGUCUUCCUUCUCAAGGGAAAUCUAGUUAAGACCAAGAAGAUGCUUCUCUCGACGUGCGAGGUCGCAGGCCGCAUGGAGGCAAUCGCGGGCAAGCUCGCGGAAAAGGCCGAGAAGGCUAUGAAGGGCGCCCAGGCAAGUCUUGAAGAGACGAAGCGCGUCACCAGCAAGGAGAACAAAAAAAAGGAAGACAAGGAGCUGGCGCUUGAGCUGACGAAAAAUCUUGAAGCUCGCGCCAAGUGCUGUGAGGCUGAUGUCGCAGCCGCCAAGCUCGCAGUGGAAAAUGCCGAGAAAGAGCGUCGCAAGCAAGGAUUCGUCGAUACCACUGACACGACAUCUUCGUCGUUCUGGGGCUUCUUUUACACCGUGGUUUCGCGCCAAGGCGCACGCGACAUGCGGAAGCAUGUCGAGGCAAUCGAGAACGAAGCACGGGCCAGCUGCCGCAAAGCUCUCGAGAAACAGCACGAGGUCAACCAAGCUAUUAUCGACAUUGUCCGCAUGCUCGCGGACGAUCAGCCGUACGGUCGAGCUUUUGCCGCACUCGAGUUGACUGUCAAGGCUCUCGGCACGAUCAAGACGACUUUUGAGAAUGUGCGCGAAUUUUGGUCCAAGCUCAAGACCCGCUACGGUGAAAUCGCCGCGGACUCGAACCGUGACUACAUCGAUGAGGUCGCCGACCCAGAUACGAUCGCCGAGUGCUACGAUCUGAUGACAAGCUCCUGGCAUGAGUGGCUUGCGCUCACCAAGAUCAGCUACGACACCAUCCAAGGAAUGAAGGACGUCAAGACGGAAGCACAUGCCAUCAUGUCCGAUUUGCCCAACUCGGCGGAAGCGAGCGAGCGCCAUCAAGAUCUCGUCGAGGAUCUCGAAAAGGCCCUCAAGGAUUACGACGCGCUUAUCAAGGAGCAAAUCAAGCAGCAGCAGCAGUAA